AUGUUAAAGCCUAUCAUUGAACUUUCAGAUCACACACCUGUCAAGCAGCCUGUAGUCGGCCACCAUCUAGAGGAUCUGCUGUCUCACUGGGAAGAGUACCUUAUAAACGACUGGGAAAUAAAAAUAUUGCGUAAAGUUCUUGGUCGUAUGACCUUGGAUGAGGUUGAUAGGAAUUUUCAGGCCGCAUUAGAAGAGCCUCUUGACUCAUUCAGAGCCAUCGGAGGGAAUUUACUAGAAUAUUAUCUAGAUUAUGAGGAACUCUGUGCUUGGCAGGAACUUCUUCACAUGAAGCAUACAUUUGAUUCCUUACGGCUUUGCCCUGUAGAUUUUGACGAAAACAUUAAAAGAUACACUUUAGUUAUAACCCAAAUUAUACCAGAACGGCUGGCAAGAAUCAGGAAAAUGCCGAAGCGUGAAAAGAUCGCAGGUAUAUGGUCUAAUUGGGAUUUAGAACAAACUCCGUUACGACAUAGGAAGAACUACGAGAUCUAUCGCCAGAGACAGAGCAAGCGAGACGAAGAACAUGUGCAUUACAAAGCUGCACAGGAUCUCAGAGUUCAUGGUGUAAGGAAUGUUGAUGGAAAGCUUGGUUCAUCUGGUGCUCUUCAGGGAGUCAAUGGCAUCUACUAG